AACAAAUUAAGCUAUAAUUAUUUACCAACUAUUAAUAGAAUUGAAUAAUCUGGUCUAUAAUUGAUUUUUUAUACAAGAAAAUCGUGUUAAUUAAAUCGUGACAUAUGCGAUAUAUCUGAGACGGGAAAAUUUAAUAAUUGAAUAAUAAUAAUUAGUAAAUUGAUAAUAACCAGCUUGUGUGAUUUUUAUUUGGGAGAAUGCCACUCUAUGCAAUGCCUCAUAGAUUACCACAUGAAGGUAUGAGUGGUGUUAAUCCUGCAAUUCCACCACAAAUUGUUCCAAUAAGUUGUACACCACCGCCUUCUUAUCAUAAUAUUAAUCUACCGCUUGGACAUCCUGCCAAUUUAAUUGGAGAUAGAGGCGCACCACCUUCUUACGAGGAAGUCAUUGAUCCAAAUGCACCACCACCUUCUUAUGAUUCAUUAUUUGGACGAAUGCGUGAGGCCCACAAAACAUCCAAAGGGGUUGUUGAUUUUCUGCUCAAUAUUAUUGUACUUCUCCUUGGAACCAUUGGUUGUACAUUCAUCAUAGGUGUGACAAUAGUAGUGCCAGUAUGCAUGAUGAUAAUGGGUGGAAUUUAUCUGUACGACUGCCCCCAAGGAGAAUACAUUCCCGUUUACUUGUUAGUUGGUGGUGGUUUCGGGGUAUUUAAACAAUUGCUGCAUCUCUCAACACGUGUACGUAGACGACCUGAAGAAAGAGAUGAAGAAAGGAUACGCCAAUCACCAACACAAACAUUGAUCAAUUGUUUUAUGCUCGGUUGGUUUAUCAUUGGUUCUAUGUGGGUGUAUAAGGAGUAUGAGCCAAAUUAUGAUCCAGCAAAUGGAAAACAUUGUAAUAAAACUCUAUAUCUAUUCGCAUUUUGGCUGAUAACGGCUGUUUACAUUUGUCUCGGCGUCAUAACUGCUGGUCUAUGCAGUAUCUCCUUGGCAAGUAUUGCUUUCCAAAGAAGGCCACCUGAUAGUCUUGUGGCAAUGUGAAACUUGGACUUUGCCCUGAUAUUUCAAUUAUGCGCUCACUAAUUUUUCACCAUUGGAGGAUGCUAAAAAAGCGUAAAUGAUACACAGAUCAGCGAGUUAUGUAUUAAAUCAUACUGCGGAAUUAUUAACUCAAAAGUGAUGGAAAAGUCUGCAAAACAAUUAUUUGUGCCAUGCCAAAAGUAAGGAAUUCUUGUACAUAGGAAGUGCUAGGACGUCAAAGUGACAUUAAUUACAAAACUCAAUUUGAAACGUAAGAAUGUAAAUAUAAAAAUACGAAAUGAUGCAGAUUCCUCUUAUUUUUUUAAUCAAUACGAUAUGAGUUUCAUUUGUCAAGUAACAGAAUGAAAAAAUAUCGUAAAUAGCAUCGAUUUUUUUAAGUAUCAACGAAAAGACUGCGUUGUCACGUCACAGUUUCAAAAAUAGAUUUAUCUCAAGUUGGUUUCCGUCCUUAAUUAACCAAUCCUUUUUUUUGCUCAUCUAUGAUAGACCAGCUACUUCUGAAAGUGAUGUGUAUUAUCUAUAAAUAUUUUGUAGGCUUAAGGAUAUCCAAGUAUUUUGCUCAGAGUAGCGAUUUUUUUUCCUAUAAAAUUUGAAUGUUUCCCUAAAUUUUACUAUUUCCUCAUCUUGUCUCAUUUUUAAUUGCUAAAUAAUUUUUUUUUCAACAAUUUAUCUAAGGAAUAUUGUUACCUAUAUUUUUUAAAUUUUGUACACGACCCUUGUUGAUCUAAACUCUGAUAAUUGCAACCUUGUGCAUGUGUUCCAUCCACUAUGACCGCCAGCCGAAUGUAGAGAUUUUCCAUUCAACUUUUCUUCAUUAAUUAUUUGUUCUGACACCCGUUUAUUUUCAUGUCUUAAAAACACUAGAGAAUCUAACGAACGAUAUCAUAUAUGGUUGAAUGUGCGAAAAAACGCUCUAAGUUGGCCAACUUAUGAAAACUAGACGUUAAAUUUUCUUUUUCAAAAAUGAUUUUCUGAAACAAAUGCUUAAAUAAGUACCUCGGUUUGUAAUUGUGUUGAAAAUAAAAAUUGGGCCUGUUCUAUAUUGCCUGAUUGAUCCAGGGAUUUUAUCCACAAAAAAUUAUCGGUAGUACUUGGAUAUCCCUAAGUCAUUAUUCGUUAACAUAUAAUAUGAUUAUAACAUUAACGACAGUUUGAAUGAUAAGAGACCCUUCAUUCCGCGUAUGUUAUGUCACUUUUAUACCGAUAUUGUAAUUUUCAAAUUUCAUGCCAUUGUAAAAUGUUAUGAUUUUUUUGUAAUGAUAAUUGAGCGAUUUUUAUUAUUUGAAUAAUUUCUUACAUGAUAAAGCAUUACGUGUCAUCUUUAACUUCUACUCAAUUGUCUAAUAAUCAUCUGCGGAUAAUAAUAACGAUAAUAAUAAUAUAUCCGUCUUAAUAAUAAGAACAAUUAGAUUUAUAAUAUAAUGCGGCUCUAUUAGAUUCAAAAAUUAACAUUAAUAUCUCAUUUUUUAUGAUAAUAUUAUUCUAAUGAUGUGGCAGGCAUUUGUUGGCGACUGGAAAUCCGUUAAUUGUACAAAAAAAAACGGAAAUCAUGACAGUUAAUAAGCACCGUAUUGUGCAAAUUACUUCAUUUAUUUAUUAUUAUAAUUUUUUAAAAUAAAAUUUUAAUAAAUCAAUGCUUUGAAAGUGA